AUGAAUGUCUUACUACAGCUAGUAAUUCCCGCCACCCUGGCUAUCCUUCGGGCUAAUUUAACAAACUCAUCUCUCGUAGAGGGUGGAGCGAUAGGAUUUGUGCCACGAGCUGAGGACCAAGCAAUUCCGUUCAACCCUCCAAAGACUCCUAUCGAUAUUGACGUGGCUGGUGAGACGCCGGAGAUGGUCUUGAUGCAAGAAGCCCCUGGAAACCCUAGUGCAACCAGCUAUACAGUCAAACCAGAACAUUAUGAUAGUCACAUUAUUGGCGAUGUCCUGGACAAUGGAGAGGUCAUUUUAGAGGCUAAUACCAUGGUCAUAGAAAGAAGAGUCUACUUCCAGGACGAAGGAGAUGCCAGAAUCAUAAGAGUCAGUGACAUGUUCCUUAUCGCAGGCGGAGGAGGAUUAGAUUGUGAAACUACCGAGUUGGUCAAAAGAAAGGGAUACUACCAGUAUGAACCAUUGGCGAGGUACCCAGUGGACCUUAAUCUACUCUCCAAUAACCUUCCCAAUGAAAUUGAACGCAUUACAGAUCCGUCUGGAGAGACGGUAUUCAGGGUAAGACCGCACUUGAUAAACUAUGCCUACAUUUGCAUAGUAUCAUACGGCGACCGCCUUAUAUAUGGAACAGGAUGCUACGAUAUUUUCUCAAGGGAAGUCACCGUGGAUUCUUCGGAUGGCUUCCUGGUAGUCAAAAUUGCAAGCUAUUGGAAUAAUGGUCGUUUGUCAAACUCAGAACAUACCCUGAGAUAG